AUGUGGUACUUUCAUAACCUUCAAAACCAGCAACAGAGCUUAGAGUUUAAGUUCGAGUCUGUCUUGAAAGAGGUUGACCAAAAUGAAGAAAAUGAUUUAAAAGAUUACAUUAAUAAAUUAUCAAAAAAAGAUAGAAACAGUUUCCAUCAAGUUGUUUGCGAUAAAUGGGUUAACACCCACUGCGUCCAUGGUGAUCGUUGCCAAUCAUUACAUGAAUACGAUAUCGAUAGAAUGAAAAAAUGUCAAUUCUGGGAAAAAUAUCACGAGUGCUCGAACAAAUUCGAAUGCAUUUUCCGUCACGAACUUACUGAUAGAAUCGGAACUGAUUGCCAGUAUUAUAUUCGUGGUUAUUGCAAACAUGGUGAUAAAUGCAAGAGAAAACAUACACCUCGUGAUGCAGUUUGCUUAAAUUACUUAGCAGGAUUUUGUCCGGAUGGUCCAAAAUGCCUAUUUGCUCAUCCAAAAUGGAUCGACGAUUCAGGUAUAGACAAAAAUGUAUAA